UUGCAAAGAAAAUGUUUUAUACAAUCUUGAAGACGUACUAUUCAAGCUGAUGGGACAGGAUCCAAUAUGAAUAUAAAUGAUGGAGGAAGGCGACGCUUUGAGGAUAAUGAACACACAUUACAUAUAUAUCCUGGGAUAAUUUCAGAAGGGACGAUUUACUGUCCAGUUCCUGCCAGAAGAAACUCCACAGCUGCUGAGGUGAUUGACUCUCUUAUAAACAGACUCCAUCUUGACAAAACAAAAUGUUAUGUUCUAGCAGAAGUAAAAGAAUUUGGUGGCGAAGAAUGGAUACUCAAUCCAACAGACUGUCCAGUUCAGCGAAUGAUGAUGUGGCCCCGAAUGGCUCUGGAAAAUCGGUUGAGUGGCGAGGACUACCGUUUUCUUCUGCGAGAAAAAAACCUUGAUGGGUCAAUCCAUUAUGGUAGUCUUCAGUCAUGGUUACGGGUCACAGAAGAACGUCGCAGGAUGAUGGAACGGGGUUUUCUUCCACAGCCACAACAGAAAGACUUCGAUGAUUUAUGUAGUUUACCUGAUCUGAAUGAGAAAACUCUUUUAGAAAACCUUCGAAAUCGCUUUAAACAUGAAAAAAUUUAUACCUAUGUUGGCAGUAUUCUAAUAGUUAUUAACCCAUUCAAGUUUCUUCCUAUUUAUAAUCCCAAAUAUGUAAAAAUGUAUGAUAACCACCAACUAGGAAAGCUUGAACCUCACAUUUAUGCUGUGGCUGAUGUAGCUUAUCACGCAAUGCUUCAACGCAAAAAGAAUCAGUGCAUUGUGAUUUCAGGAGAGAGUGGUUCUGGCAAGACUCAAAGCACAAACUUUCUUAUUCAUCACCUCACUGCCCUCAGUCAGAAAGGAUUUGCCAGUGGAGUAGAACAAAUUAUUCUUGGAGCUGGACCAGUGCUUGAGGCCUUUGGAAAUGCAAAGACAGCUCAUAAUAACAACUCAAGUCGUUUUGGCAAGUUUAUUCAAGUAAAUUACCAAGAAACAGGCACUGUUCUUGGUGCCUAUGUUGAAAAAUAUCUACUGGAGAAGUCCAGACUUGUUUAUCAAGAGCACAAUGAACGGAAUUACCAUGUAUUCUAUUACCUCCUGGCAGGAGCAAGUGAAGAAGAGAGAUUAGCAUUCCAUCUUAAGCAACCUGAGGAAUAUCAUUAUCUUAAUCAGAUAACAAAGAAACCUCUCAGACAGAGCUGGGAUGAUUAUUGCUAUGACUCUGAGCCGGAUUGCUUCACAGUGGAGGGAGAAGAUUUGAGGCAUGACUUUGAACGCUUACAACUAGCCAUGGAAAUGGUAGGAUUUCUUCCCAAGACUCGAAGACAAAUUUUCUCCCUUCUCUCAGCAAUACUACAUUUGGGCAAUAUCUGUUAUAAAAAGAAAACAUACCGGGAUGACUCCAUAGAUAUCUGUAAUCCUGAAGUACUUCCUAUUGUCUCAGAAUUAUUAGAAGUUAAAGAAGAGAUGCUAUGUGAUGCGUUAGUUACCAGGAAAACUGUGACAGUAGGAGAAAAACUGAUUUUACCAUACAAGCUGGCCGAGGCUGUGACAGUGAGGAACUCCAUGGCUAAGUCUCUCUAUAGUGCCCUGUUUGACUGGAUAGUUUUUCGAAUUAAUCACGCACUUUUAAAUAGUAAAGAUUUGGAGCAAAAUACCAAGACUUUGUCCAUUGGUGUUCUUGAUAUUUUUGGUUUUGAAGAUUAUGAAAAUAACAGCUUUGAACAGUUUUGUAUUAAUUUUGCCAAUGAACGUUUACAACACUACUUUAAUCAACAUAUCUUUAAAUUGGAGCAAGAGGAAUAUAGAACAGAAGAUAUCAGCUGGCACAAUAUUGACUAUAUUGAUAAUACUUGUUGUAUAAAUCUUAUUAGUAAGAAACCAACAGGAUUGCUCCAUCUAUUAGAUGAGGAAAGCAACUUUCCACAGGCUACAAAUCAAACAUUAUUAGACAAAUUUAAACAUCAACAUGAAGAGAAUUCUUACAUUGAAUUUCCAGCUGUGAUGGAGCCUGCUUUCAUCAUAAAGCACUAUGCUGGGAAAGUUAAAUAUGGGGUAAAGGAUUUCCGGGAAAAAAAUACAGACCAUAUGCGCCCAGAUAUUGUAGCUCUACUGAGAAGUAGCAAGAAUGCAUUUAUCUCUGGGAUGAUUGGAAUUGAUCCAGUAGCUGUUUUCCGAUGGGCGGUUCUUCGAGGUUUUUUCAGAGCCAUGGUUGCUUUCAGGGAAGCUGGAAAAAGACACACGCAGAACAAAACUGGACAUGAUGACACAGCGCCAUGUGCACUUUUGAAAAGUAUGGAUAGUUUUAGCUUUCUACAGCACCCAGUCCACCAGAGGAGCUUAGAGAUUCUGCAGAGGUGCAAGGAAGAGAAGUACAGUAUAACCCGGAAAAAUCCCAGAACACCUCUGUCUGAUCUCCAGGGCAUGAAUACUCUAAAUGAAAAAAACCAACAUGAUACAUUUGACAUUGCCUGGAAUGGCAGAACGGGGAUCCGGCAAAGCAGAUUAUCAAGUAGUAGCUCCUUGCUUGACAAAGAUGGGAUAUUCGCUAAUACAACUAGCAGCAAACUCCUGGAGAGAGCCCAUGGAAUUCUCACGAGAAACAAAAACGUUAAAUCGAGACCUGUCCUUCCAAAGCACUUGUUAGAGGUGAAUUCUUUAAAGCACCUGACCAGACUCACCCUACAGGAUCGAAUUACCAAGUCACUUCUCCAUUUGCACAAGAAGAAGAAACCUCCAAGUAUCAGUGCCCAGUUUCAGGCAUCAUUAAGCAAACUGAUGGAGACACUUGGUCAAGCAGAACCAUAUUUUGUAAAAUGCAUUCGCUCUAAUGCUGAAAAGCUGCCCUUAAGGUUCAAUGAUACCUUGGUACUUAGACAGCUUCGGUACACUGGAAUGCUGGAGACAGUUCGAAUUCGACAAUCAGGAUACAGCUGCAAAUAUUCUUUCCAGGAUUUUGUGAGCCACUUCCAUGUACUACUUCCCCGAAAUAUUACUCCAUCUAAGUUUAACAUUCAGGAUUUCUUCAGGAAAAUAAAUGUUAAUUCAGAUAAUUAUCAAGUUGGAAAAACUAUGGUGUUCUUAAAGGAACAGGAACGGCAGCACUUACAAGACCUGCUUCACCAAGAGGUGCUCCGCAGAAUCAUAUUACUGCAGCGAUGGUUCAGGGUCUUGCUGUGUAGGCAACAUUUCCUCAAUUUGAGACAGGCAUCCAUUAUUAUCCAGCGAUUCUGGAGGAAUUACCUGAAUCAGAAGCAUGUCAGAGAUGCAGCUGUGCAGAAGAAUGUGUUUGUUAUGGCUAGUGCAGCUACUCUUCUCCAAGCGUCCUGGCGUGCCUACUUAGAGAGGCGGUGGUACUUGGAGCUGCGAGCUGCAGCCAUCAUUAUCCAGCAAAGGUGGCGGGACUAUUACAGAAGGAGGCACGUGGCGGCUGCCUACAUACAGGCAAGAUGGAAAGGCUACAGGGAAAAGAAGCGGUACCGAGAACAAAGGAACAAAAUUAUCCUUUUGCAAGCUGCAUGUAGAGGAUUCAGAGCAAGACAUAGGUUUAAAGCUUUGAAAAAACAAAGACACAAAGAAACAAAAGUAGAGCUUGGAUUGGUGACUACCCAGGCAUAUGGGUCUCUGGACAUUCAAGGCUCAGACCCUUCAGAAUGGGAAGACUGUUCCUUUGACAAUAGAGUGAAAGCCAUAGAGGAAAGUAAAUCUGUAAUCGAGAGUCAUAGAAUUAGCUGUGAGAGCUCAGGAGACUACUCCGAGGAUUCCCCAAACAAACGACAGGAGAGAGCCAGAAGCCAAAGUGGUGCAGACUUCCAGGAAGAUGUGGUCGUGAGGGAGAGACCCAAGUCCUUGGAGGAUCUCCAUCAGAAAAAAGGCAGUCGGGCCAAAAGAGAAAGCCGGAGGAUGAGAGAACUGGAGCAAGCUAUAUUUAGCUUAGAAUUACUAAAAGUCCGCUCCCUUGGUGGUGGGUCUCCUUCAGAGGAACGCAGAUGGUCUACAGAACUCAUGCCCGAGGGCCUUCCGUCUCUACGGGGCACACCUGAUAGUGAAAGUUCUCAAGGGAGCUUGGAACUUCUGAGCUGUGAAGAAAGUCAGAAGAGCAAACUAGAGCCAGUCAUUCCAGGUGUUGGAGCCUGGACAGUUCCAUCACCUCAGACAUCCAUCAGGAGUCCGCAAGACGGUCCACAGGAUGCUGCCCGCAGUGCCUCAAGUGAGACUAGCCAUGAACUGACGCAAAGGCAGACACCCGCUGGCUUGGAGCCUUUGAAGGAUGGCACUAUGCAGGAUAAGAUAGUCUGCAGGUCCGGAUUCAUUACCUGUAAACCACAGCUGAGAGAACCCCUUAUUUCAAAUAGUCUGCCUACAUUUUUUUAUAUUCCCCAACAAGAUCCAUUGAAAACUCGUUCCCAACAAGAUACAAGUAUUCAGAGAAACAAGCAAUUGGAAAGUAAAGAAACACAGGGGACAGCUCUUACCUUGGAUAUCAAUAGAGAAGCCCCAAAGUACCACUGCUCAGGAGAAGAUCAAGUUGUUGCUUCUUUGAAUACAGAUCCUUCUAAUACUGUGCUUGAAAAACUAGAAAAGCUAAACAUUGAGAAGGAAGAAAGGCAAAAGCAGUUACAACAGCAGAAUGAAAAAGAAAUGAUGAAGCAGAUUCGCCAGCAGACAGAUAUUUUAGGGAAGGAACGUAAAGCCCUCAAGACAGUUGAAAAGCCAAGAAUUGGGGAGUAUAUGCUGACCCCUUUGAUAAGUCCAUCAGGGCAAAUAGUUGAGAGGCCAACCUCUCUCAUUCUAAAUACUACAAAUAAAGGAGAACUCGGUGUACCGGAACCCCAUUCAAUAGCUAAAAAAGGUACAGCUCUUGCCCCAAAAGAUAGUUCCUCUGCUCACCUACCCCCGAAGGACCGACCUGUCACCCUGUCCUUUGAAAAAAAAGGAAGUCCAUGCCAACCCAAGGAGUUAUCUAAGACAGACAGAACAGGCUCCCAAAUGAACACAACUUGUAAACUCUCAAAUAAUCGUGUUUCAAAAAGAGAAUGUGUUAGGCAUCCAGCUCAGUCUUGUAGCCAUAAAUCUGAUGACCCUUCCAAAGAGGGAACAACUAGAGCCAUUUUCUUCAUGCCAAAGGACAACUCGAGUAUUCCACUUGUCAGCAAGGAAUCCUUAAAGUGUGGAAAUCCUCACUACCAUAAGCAAGAUGAACCAGCUUGGAAACCUGUGAGGCCAGCUGGGCUGGGCCAAAGAGAGGUUGCCAGACCGGCCCAUAAAAAGAAAGCUCGCAUGGCGCGGACGCGCUCCGAUUUCUUGACUAGAGGUACUUUUGCCGAUGGGGAGGGGGAUACAGAGGAAGAUGAUUACGAUGACAUUAUUCAGCCCCUUCUCUCCCUUGACCAAGCUUCUCACUCUGAGCUCGGGCCUGCACCCAGCCUGGGUCAGGCCUCUCACAGUGACUCCGAAAUGACUUCACAACGAUUUUCUUCAAUUGAUGAACAAGCAAAGCUUCAUAAGACUAUGUCUCAAGGAGAGAUUACAAAGUUGACUGUGGGACAGAAGUCUUCAGAUUCAGAUAUAAGACCUCAGAGAGCUAAGAUGAGAUUCUGGGCCAAAGGCAAGCAAGGGGAGAAAAAAACAACCAGAAUGAAGCCUACCCCUCACUCAGAGGUUUCCACACUUUUCCCUUGCUCGGAUGUGCUUCCAGUGCCACAGUUUCCAGAUGAAUUAGUUCAUUAUCAACCGACACCUUCUUUGAGCACCGAUCUACCUGGGUGUUCCCGGAAGGAGUUUAAGGAGAACAAAGAGCCUUCUCCAAAGGCAAAGAGGAAGCGAGGUGUGAAGAUCAGCAAUGUGGCUUUGGAGUCCAUGCAUUGGCAAAAUGACUCUGUCCAGAUCAUAGCAAGUACCAAUGAUUUGAAAAGCAUGGAUGAAUUUCUUCUGAAGAAGAUGAAUGAUCUGGAUAAUGAAGACAGCAAGAAAGAUACAAUGGUGGAUGUUGUGUUUAAAAAGGCCCUAAGAGAGUUUCGACAGAAUAUCUUCAGCUUUUAUUCAUCUGCAUUGGCGAUGGAUGAUGGGAAAAGCAUACGGUAUAAGGACCUCUAUGCACUAUUUGAACAGAUUCUGGAAAAGACAAUGAGAUUUGAGCAGCGCGAUUGGAGUGAAUCUCCAGUCAGAGUUUGGGUCAACACUUUUAAAGUGUUUUUAGAUGAAUAUAUGAACGAAUUCAAGACAUCAGAUUGCGUAGCCACAAAGGUGCCAAAAACAGAAAGAAAAAAAAGAAGGAAAAAAGAAGCUGAUUUGGUGGAAGAACACAAUGGUCACAUUUUUAAAGCCACUCAGUAUAGCAUCCCUACGUACUGUGAAUACUGUUCUUCACUGAUAUGGAUAAUGGACCGAGCCUCUGUUUGCAAAUUAUGCAAGUAUGCUUGCCACAAAAAGUGUUGUCUGAAAACCACCGCCAAGUGCUCUAAAAAGUAUGACCCAGAGUUGUCAUCUCGACAAUUUGGAGUUGAGCUGUCUCGUUUGACCAGUGAGGACCGAACUGUUCCAUUAGUGGUGGAGAAGCUAAUAAACUACAUUGAAAUGCAUGGAUUGUAUACAGAAGGCAUUUACCGGAAGUCUGGUUCAACUAACAAAAUCAAGGAGCUCCGACAAGGCCUAGAUACAGAUGCUGAGAAUGUAAACCUAGAUGACUAUAACAUACAUGUCAUUGCAAGUGUCUUCAAACAAUGGCUUCGUGAUUUGCCCAAUCCACUUAUGACCUUUGAACUCUAUGAGGAAUUUCUUCGAGCUAUGGGCCUUCAGGAGAGGAAGGAGACAAUCCGUGGUGUAUACUCUGUGAUUGACCAGCUCUCUAGAACUCAUCUCAAUACACUGGAACGCCUCAUCUUUCAUCUAGUCAGGAUUGCUCUGCAGGAAGACACUAAUCGAAUGUCUGCUAAUGCUUUGGCCAUUGUGUUUGCGCCCUGCAUUCUCCGCUGCCCUGACACCACCGACCCACUACAAAGUGUGCAGGACAUCAGUAAGACGACCACUUGUGUGGAGCUGAUUGUUGUCGAACAGAUGAAUAAAUACAAGGCUCGCCUCAAAGAUAUCAGUAGCCUGGAAUUUGCUGAGACUAAGGCAAAGACCAGGUUGUCCCUGAUUCGGAGAUCAAUGAAACCUGUACUAAUUGCAGUUAGAUUUAUGAGCAUUACCCGCAAUUCAGUCUCGGGAAAGGGACGCAUUCGUCGAGGAAACUAUCCAAGCCCUUCCUCUCCUGUUGUAGUUCGUUUGCCCUCUGUGUCUGAUGUCCCUGAAGAGGCCUUGACUAGCGAGGCCGCCAUGGAGACUGACAUCACAGAGCAGCAGCAAGCAGCCAUGCAGCAGGAGGAGCGAGUGCUGACGGAGCAGAUUGAGAACCUGCAGAAAGAGAAGGAGGAGCUAACAUUUGAAAUGCUUGUCCUGGAACCCCGGGCCUCUGAUGAUGAGACCCUUGAAUCUGAGGCCUCCAUUGGGACAGCCGAUAGCUCAGAAAAUUUGAACAUGGAAUCUGAAGGUGCUGUCUCUGAGAAAUCAGCAGAGAGAAGCUUAGCGCUCAGCAUGAAGGCACCUGGCAAGUCUGAACCUUCCAGCAAGUUGCAAAAGCACCUUAAAAAACAGCAGGACUCUUUGGAUUCAGUGGACUCUUCGGCUGCUGCUUUAUGCCCACCUGGCACCGCAUCUUCUCAUGGGACCAGAAAACGGUUUCAGAUUUAUUCCAAAUCUCCAUUGUACCGAGUUGGUGAAGCUCUAGGAUUGGAAGGACCGAUGGGCCAGACCAAAUCCCUGGAAGACAGACCUCAGUUCAUUAGCAGAGGAACAUUCAACCCUGAAAAGGGCAAACAGAAAUUAAAGAAUGUGAAAAACUCACCCCAAAAAGCCAAAGAGGCCCCAGAGGGGACAGUAGCAUCUGGCCGCAAGAAAACCGUGGACCAAGACUGCGGCGCUGCCCAACAGCUAACUCUUUUUGGGAAUAAUGAGUUUAUGGUCUGAACUGGCCCACAGAUAUGUCCCUUUGCAGCCACAGAUGGUAAACGGGUCUUAUUUGGGGGGGCCUCUUCUCACCACCGAGUCCACAAUAGUCCAUUCUAAUUGUGGCCCUCCCUCUACCCGGGCAUACAACUAUUCCUUGUGUGCUGAGCCCCUGGGCCUGCUGAAGAAGUGGAACAGCCUCUUGGAGGCCUGCUGAGGUUGGUGCCAGCUGUGCCUUGGCUGCUGGAUCUGGAUUUGGAUUUCACCAAAAGGCAACCGAGGGCCCUGGAACAUUUUGGUCAUGCUCCUUUCCCUUCCAGAGGUGGGGGUUGGGGCUGACUCUGGGAGAAGGGGAUCUGGUGGACCCAAGAGGCCGACUGACGUCUGACAUUUGAAGAGAACAAAUCUUUCUUAACUAUGAAAGCAAAAACCUUUAGGUUUAUUUGGGGCUAGGUAGGAACUGGGGCUGGAUAUAAUUUUUUAUCCCCCAAGGAUUUAUAGCAAAAAAGCUUGAGCCCUCUAUUUCAUGAUGUUUUUGGAAACUCCAUUCCAGGUUCUAUUUGGGGGAUGGUAACGCAACUGUCUCCAUGAAGCCAUCAGAGCAUGUCUCAGACAGCUGGCUGUGCAGUGAAGAAGAGCCCAUGCUUUGCUUUUCUGAUGCGGUUUUCAGCCCUGAAAAUCCAUACCCGUGUAAGUCCUCCUGGUGAUGCAUUCUUGCCGAAUGUACUGCAUGGCUGAUGCUUCACUCGCCAGGACUGUUGUCAUGCUCCUCGAAACACCCCCCUUUUUUAUUUUUUGUCUUAAGUUGGAAAAAUAAUGGUACUCAAAGGCCCUUUAUUGAAAAAAAGCAGUCCCCAACCGUGUGUGUGAAGGCUACUUGGGUAGGUCACCUAAAUUUCAUCUUACCACUUCAGUGGACCCUGCUAAGCUGGAGACUUGUUAGCUCCCCCAUCCCCCACCCCCCUUUUUUUUUUUUUAAUGUUCCAGAGCUAGAGUGACGGCCAAGCAUGAGCAUUUCUCCUUAAUCCAUCCAGACUUUUCUCUCUGUACAGUUAAACUGCAGACCACACAUGAGCCUCACAGUCUGCUGGUAGCUUCUCACCACCAACUACACAGGUCACACGGCCGUUUAGCCCCUUUCCCCCAAACAGUCACACCCAGCGUUGCAUGGAUAAGUGUUAGGGAAAGCUGCCAAAAAGAGACCGAAAGAGAGAAAGUUUUCAUAUGACUUAACUCUUACCUUCUUUUCCUCAGACCAUCAGUAUUAAAUAGAUUGAAAGGAAAAAAAAAAUGUAUCAAGGACUACUUGAAGCUAUUUUUGUUAAUAUUCUGGUUACUGAAGUUUACUGUAAAUAUUUAUGUAUAGUAUGCACAUUUCUUUUUAACCUUGUGCUUCCCUCCCUGCUGUGGAAUUUCUCCCCACAGAUUAGGGGCCACGGAACGGGGGGCUGAGAUCCAUUCCUUCCGGUGUGGAGGGAGAAGUGCCCGUCAUCUUCACCACUGGGUGUCUUGACCCCCACGUUACAAUAACAUUUUAAGCUUCUUAGCAUUUGUGGGAUUAGAAAUAUGUUUUUGCUAUUUAUAAUGUAUGAAAAAUAAUGUACGGAAAACAUGAUACUCUUUCUUGAGAUAAGUAUGUGAAAAUGUUUAUUUUUAAAGUUACUAAAUGCAUCUUGUCUAACUACUACAUGCACUGUUCUGAAAAAGAGCCUUUACCAUCUGUAACGUGAA